AAUUCCUUCGUGCUUAAAAAUCACGUGAUUCAAGAGCUGCAAUCACAAAACCUAAGCUAUUGCGAGGAGAAAUGUGCAUCGCAUAAUGAAUGCUACAGCGUUAACUUCUACCCUAAGCAUCACAAGUGCGAACUCAGCAAAGAAAACCACUUUACAAGUCCCAUUGACCUUACCCAUGAUUCAGAUGGAGUGUACAGUCACGUGAUCAACCAUCAACGUCCAAUGAACGCUUGUAGUGACCAAUACUGCAGUACGAACCAUGCUUGCUUUGUAAAAGAUGAUGGGAAGGACUACGAAUGCAAAGUUUGCACUACAGCACUGGGCAUGGAAUCGAAUGCAAUUCCCGACUCCUCCAUCACUGCAUCCUCGUCUUUAUCAAAUGGCCACAUUAGCUGGAGAGCACGUCUCCACAACAAGCCCCCAAUGCCGUUUMAUUCUGAAUUAAAUAACGGAGCAUGGUGUGUUGCGACUAGCCAAGCUGGUGAGUAUCUACAGAUUGAUAUUGGUCGAGUCGUAAACCUAAAGCAAGUGGCAACUCAAGGGCGACCAUACUAUGGAAAUGACUACCCGAAGAAAUAUCGACUAGAGUACAAGCGUGCGAACACACAAUGGAUGGACUAUCGUGAGAUGGGAAUUGUAAAGGUUUUUGUGGGAAACACAGACAAGAAUACGGUCGUAGUCAACACUCUUAAAGAAAAAGUCAUGGCCCAGUAUGUGAAAAUAAUAAUCUUGGAAUGGCACGGAUACCUCUGCAUGAGAGCAGAAAUCUAUGGAUGCUGAAAGACCUUAGCUAACGGAAGCCUAAAGCCACUGCCCAAAUUAAAGAAAAAUUGACAGAUCCACUUCAUCCAACAUAGUUUG